GAUAUAUGCGAGAUUUUGGGUAUCUCUCUCUCUCUCUCUCUCUCUCUCUCUCUCCAACACACACCAAAUUGAAACCCUGACUCUAGAGGGAGAAUGGCUUCAAUUUCAUUAUCCUCACUGUCGGCACCAUUUUCGACCUUACCCAAUUCCUCCAUUAGUAAUGGCAGACCCGAGUUUUCUGUUCUCUCUUUGCCUUCCCGAAUUUCCUCAAAGUUACAUGCCCUGAAACCCUCUCGAGUUUCCCCUUCCAGAACUUUUGCUGUUCCUGAAGUUUUGGAAUCCAAUGUUGCUUCUGAGGACGAGGCUCCUUCCUCUUCAGUGCUGAGUGUUGGUACAGAUUCUGAGAAAAUGGCGCCUAAGCAGAAGAUUAGAAUAAAACUGAGGUCAUACUGGGUUCCUUUGAUAGAAGACUCGUGCAAGCAGAUUAUGGAUGCUGCAAAGACAACAAAUGCAAAGACCAUGGGUCCAGUACCAUUACCAACCAAGAAGAGGAUAUAUUGUGUUCUCAAAUCUCCACAUGUGCACAAAGAUGCCAGGUUCCAUUUCGAAAUUAGAACUCAUCAGCGCCUUAUUGACAUUCUUUAUCCAACUGCCCAAACAAUAGAUUCACUGAUGCAGCUUGACCUUCCUGCCGGCGUCGAUGUUGAGGUCAAGCUUUGAUGAUAUUACCAGUGGUAACCUUGAAUUUCUCUUAGACGUGAGACUAAAAACCGAAUUCAGACAAAUAUUAGUAGGAUAUAAUUACUGUAUAAUAGUUAAAUUUUUCGUGCUAUUUUACUUUCUGUGGAGGUUACACUGCCUUUGGAAGUAAAUUAUUGUUCUGUCUAUUGUUUUAUGGUCUACAUGUGAUACUGUCUUAAUUGGGUAUUUGUUCCAUUGAUGACAGUAUUAAGUUCA